GCAUAUUCUAUGAUCAACAAGAACGACGGCCAUUUUGGAGUACUUUAGUGAACCCAUAACAUUAACUAUUAUUUUCUUUAGUUUUGUAACGAUAUAAAGGAUUAAAUAUAUAUGUGAAUACAGCUAAAUAUGUCAGCAUUUUGUCGGUGUGGCGUUGUGCUUACUCUAGGGAUUCUAGUAGCAGUUCUUGGUGUUGAAGGUAUCAACCAUGCACCCAAGAUCAUAGCACUUGAUGAUGAGCACAGAGACGUGAGAGCUUUCCAUGGUAUUAUAAAAGAGAAUGAAAAAAUAGUAGACCUUUCUCCAGAACUACAAGCUUCAGACUAUGACAGUGGACGUGAUGGAGAAAUCUGUGGAUACAAAAUUAUCAGAUCCCACAAAGGUUCACUUCCUUUCACUAUAGAAGUAACAGACAUUGAUACAGGAGCUGCAGUUAUCAAAGUUAAAGAUGGACAAACUCUUAAUUUCGAAAAAAGGAGGAAGUACAAGUUUGAAAUUGCUGCCUAUGAUUGCGGCAGUCCCGGACUGUCAUCUGAACCACAUGUUGUCCAUAUCGUGGUUGAAGAUGUGGAUGAGAUGCCUCCAGUGUGGGACACAGAAGACCUGAAGAUAAUUAAAGUCACAGAGGGACAAAUCAUCGACAACAUUAUGCAGGUGAAAGCACAUGAUGGUGAUCAGUCCCCAGAAUAUAGUUCCAUCUGUGAUUUCCAGAUCCUUACGCCUAAUGUUCCAUUUACCAUCAAUAAGCAAGGUGUUCUUAGUAAUACAGAGAAGUUGGACUAUAGCAAGCAGAACACCUACAUCCUAGAGGUGAAGGCAGAGGACUGUGGACACAAGCUGUCCGCUCCACUCAGGAUUAACAUCCAGGUAGAGGAGCUCUGCAGACCAGGAUGGACAGGUAUCCCAGAGAGAGUGGAUUACAUCCCAGGCAGUGGUGUUACCCCCCUAUUCCCCCAGACUUCACUGAACCUGUGUGGUCAGACUUGUGAGAAACAGAACGUCAAAGCCUUGCUGAGGCUGCAGACACGACACAUUGGCAAGGGGUGUGAUAGAGACACAUACUCAAUCCAGUCACAGAGAAAACUAUGUGGUGCAAGUGAUGGUGUAGUAGACCUAUUACCAUCUCCUCAAAUGAGCCCCUGGAAGGUCAGUCUCCCUUCAGAUGACGGAGAUGCUUCUGACAGGAUCUAUGCAUUUGAUGGCAAAUCAAAUUUCGAGGAGAUUCCUAACAACAAGGUUGAACAUACAUUGACUGAUAAGUUCACAAUUGCAACAUGGAUGCGACAUGAAGAUCUAAAAGAUGAUAGAUCACCACAUGGCAAAAAGGAGACAAUCCUUUGUAACUCUGACGCUGAAGCUAUGGACCGUCACCACUACUCUCUGUUUGUGCACAAGUGCCGUCUUGUUUUCCUAUUACGUAGAGAGUACACACCUGAGGAAUACAACACAUUCAAACCUGCAGAGUGGAGAUGGAACAUCCCACAGAUAUGUGAUGGUGAUUGGCAUCACUAUGCCAUCUCAGUUGAUACUCUACAGAAGGUGAAGCUUUUGGUGGAUGGUAAAGUGAUAGUUUCUCAGAAAAACAACCCAGAGAUCAUUGAUGACUGGCCACUUCACAAGACGACAAAGGUCCACAGCACCAAGCUCGUUGUAGGAGCUGCAUGGCAAGGCAAAGAGAAGCGAAUGGGCCAGUUCUUUAAUGGUUACCUGGCUGGACUUUCCAUACUUCGUGGCAAAACAGAGAGUGACAGUGUCAUCAAAUGUCUCAACAACUGCCAGGAGAAACUUGACUUCCAUGCUAUGGAUGAGAUGGAUACAGGAAUGUCUAUAAUGUUUGACAGUGAAAUGACUGAGAUUACUAUUGAAGGAAAGGAUGUAAACAAAGUACAUAACUUGAUGCGUAAAGUUGGAUACAUGAACUCUCGCCUUUUCCCAACUCCUGGAUUCAGGAACAUCAAGCUGGAGACAACUGUCUCGUGCCUAGGUGAUACCGACAUCAAGCUGACUGCUAUCGACAGCAUGGUUGUUGUACAAGAGGCCCGUAAGCCCACCAUCACAAUCAGUGGCAUCACCAGUAUUACAGAUGAGGAGCUUACCUUCCCACAUGGCAAGAGAAUCUUCAAGGACAUCAACAUUGUCAGCAGAGUGAAGGAUGAUGAGAGCGAGGAGGAGGAAGAAGACAAUGAACUUGAAACAACUGAGUUUGUAUAUGACCAACUAGAUGCUUGCAUGAUCAAGGUGGACCCUCCUUUGAAGCAGGGUGUUGAGACACUUGACUGGCCCAAGAUGCUAGUGGCUGACAAGGGAAUGUACAUCACUACAAGUGAUAAAGGCCUCACAAUCUCAGGCUCUGACAAGAUCUACAACUAUGAAGAUGUUUUGAGACUUGUCCACUAUGCUAACAUCAAGCCCAAGAACUACAACACUAAGACAUUCUCCCUGAAGUGCACAGAACAAGAUGGAAGAUUCCAGAGCAAUGAAUUCAAAGUAAAAGUGAACAUCAUUCACCAGUCGCAUGAGCCAAAUGCUGCAGAGCAUGUGAAGUCCAACUCCAUUCACCAUGAUGUGGAGAAGAAGCUAGUACCCUUCAAGAACAAGGAAUUGAAUUUGGAAAGAGCUGAGGGUGGAACACAUAAUGCAGCCACUGCUGCUGCUGGAGGCGCAAGUGCUGGGAUGACAGUGAUAAUUGUUGUCUGUGUUGGAUUCUUGGCUUUCAUGAUUAUACUUGGUGUGAUUCGCAUCCGUGCUGCCCACAAGAAGACGCAGAUAGUUAAGGUGGAAGAGAACACUGAGAUGGAGUGGGAUAAUUCUGCUCUGACUAUCACAGUUAACCCUCUAGAGGAGGGGGAAGGAUCUAGUAAUCCUUAUGAAGCAGAAGAGCUCCAGUUGAGAGGAGAUGAUAGUGACAGUGAUGAUGAUAUAAGUAGUUAUCAUGAUGAACUUGAGAGUUCCGAAGAUGAGUCAGAAAAAAUAAAGGAUAGAGAACUAGAGUGGGAUGAUUCUACAUUGUCAUUUUAAAAAUGCUCAGAGACACAUUUUACAACAACAACAACAACACACAUACAAUGUCAUGUGUUCUUUAUGAAGAUUUGUGGAAUGAAUCUAAGGUUGAAAAUAGUUCUAAAACUGACGACUUACAUCGACAAAUCAUCAACUUCGAAUAAGUUAAGAAAAAAUCUCACUAAGAAAUUGAGUUCAAGCAAAGGAAACACAAAUCAUGGAGAUUAAUUAGAAAUAUAGAUGACACUGGAUUAAUGGGAAUUCAAUGGAACUGUUACAGCUCUUAUACAUUGUGUACAUUUUCUUAUUAUAUAACAGUGUAACAGUGAGACUGAUCUUAUUUUACAAUUUUAAAUAGCCUUUGUAAAUGUAUUGAGAAUUUUUUGACCAUGUAACAUAUUUAUAUUACUAUAUACAUAAGCAUAAAAUGUUGGUUUUACAGUGUCAAUGCUAAAACACACUCGGCAUGACAUAAUAGAUGAGAAUUUUAUGGAUAAGGUAAUCCAUUAAGUAAGAAGAUUGUAAACUUACUGAUUGCACUUUCUGCAUGGAGAAUGUGCAGUGUAUUUGUAAAUAAUAGGCUGGAUCUCUAUUUAUCAUGCGCUUAUUAUUAAGUUACCACUCACAAGAAUCCAAUUUAUAUAUUAUUGAUGUAUUUUAUUUUUGUUCCAUUUAAAGGGUUGCUCCUUAAUCUGAUAGAUUGUAAAUGUAACGUUUUAAAGUCCAACAUUACCCCCAGCAUUCUAUGUAGAUGUUAACGCAUUUAUCAUGUUCAAUAGAGAGUGUAGAUUUAUUAAAGUGAAGAUCAUGGAAGACUAGAUAGGUAGUAUUUGUGUUGGAAGGAGAUGCUAAAGUUACACAAUGCCUUUCUUCAGGGAAGCGCCAGAGAGUAUUAUAGUGAAUUGUGGAACAUAGCCUCCUCUGGGGUGAAAGUGCAAUGCUCCAUGAGUCGCCACAAGUAUUAUAUCAAGUCAGAUCAGAGGAGAUCGCAGAUACAUAAUGUAUAGAAUUAAUCACCUGUAAAUUACAGUUAUCAUGGGUGGCUGUGUUUAUUUAAAACAAUCCUUUAUAAUUAUAUGAAAGUUCUACAAGAACACCAAAUAACUUACUUCCCUGUAUUUUGCACUUGAUCUUGGUGAUAGUUCCACAACUUCUCAAGAGAUUGAGACUAGUUGGGUGUGCGUAGUGUUGGAACACAUGGUCUUCUCUUAUCCAAGACAGGGUACUAAAUCUAUAUUGUUUGAAAAUUAACAGAUUGUUAUUACUUCUGUCUUAAUAUCAUCUAAUGAGAAACAAAGAAUAUCUGUGUACAGGGUGAGGCAGCAUCAGUUCAAAUGCAAAAUGCUGAGAAAUUUUAGUUAGUGUACAGUAUGUGUAUAGUAUGUAUUAACAUCACAUAAAUAUUAAAUAAAUGAAUGACUUGAAAUAUACCAAGUUGACACCUGACCUCAUUUUAAAAACUACAAACCCAAGAAAUCAUAUUUCCAGUCAGUCAUUCAAUUGUGAUGCAUCAAUUGUGAUGCAUUCAAUUGUGACGCAUUCAAUUGUGACACAUUCAAUUGUUUCUUAUUGUGUAUACUGAAGAAUUGUUCAUCUUGUUAAUAUUUAAUUAGACAUUCCAACAUGGCUUGCUGUUUCUUUAUUUUUUAUUUAUGUGCAGUAAAAUAUUUCCUAUCACCACAGCUAGGUUAGAUAAAUUAAAGCAAGUUUGCCAAAUUUGCAAUGUGCUGGUCUUUCCUCAAUUCUUGCUACAUAGACAGCAUUGUUCAUUAAGAAAGGAGUUCUUCAUUGUAGCUUAGAUUUGAUGCAGGACUACUGUAUGCCAGUUCCUCUUAAAGAAAAUAUGAAGGACUUAUGAACAAUACAAGGAUUUGAGUCUAUUCAAAUAUUGGCAAAAGAGAUAAUAAGUGUCGAUAGUACAAUGACCUAGAUUGAUGCACAUUGUGUAUAUUUUUUGUAUUUACUUCUUGGAAUGUCUGAUUACAUUACUCGAUGGCAACAUGUUAUGGUAAAAAAUAGAAAACAUUUUUGGACAUCCUUUCAAGUCGAUAACUUCAGAAGUAUUUGCGAAUUGACUGUAUUCAUGCACACAUUACAUGCAUUCAUACAUAAAUCAAUGUUCAACAGUGAAAUCCAUUUUGAUUCGUUAAAUUGUUUUAAAUUAUAAAAUAUCAUACGAGGCAGAUGGCAGGUUAAAAAUGUACAGGAAUUAAAUAGAACAAUAUUUGAACAACAUAAGUUUAUAUAGCAUUAAGACAUGCAAAUUCUUUAUUGGUAGAUACUCUAUUGCGGAGAUCUACCUUUUCGUCAAUAUGAAUUGUAAUUGUCUUCCUGAAUAAAGUCACAUCUUUUUGUCCAAA